CAACGGCCGAACGAUCGCGCGCGCGGAGUCAGUAGAGUUUCGGUCUCCGUUCAACGUGGUACACCGGGCUGUUUCGUCGCCGUCGUUCGGAAGUUCGUACACGUCUCUCGGAAUUUCGUGGUGCGUGUUUUUUUGCUCUCGCUUAGCGGCAAGCGAAACGGGAAUUGAACGUGGCUCGUUUGGGAUUGUGAAUUUUGUGUGUGUGGUUGGGAUCGAUUGUGAUUGUGCAUAGAUUUGGCGAUUGAUUUUGAAGAGAGAAAAUUUAUAUUUUUUUGCGGAAUUGAAUUCCACGUGAUAGUGUUGAUGAGCAUUUGUCGAGGCGAGUCUUAUCAGUGUUUGGAACGCCCAGAAAGGUGAUAAGAAAAUUGUUGUUGGAAGGUGUAUUACACGAGUGAAUUUUGCUGCAGUGUUGAUGAAGAAUUUUUGAAGAACGCUCAAGAAGAGGCAUCGCUGAAGAGAGAUUAUCACGAGUGAGCUAUCGGUAGUAAAAAAAGUUUCUCAAGCUGAUCAAGGCUGUUUAAAUCAAAAUUGUGUUUUCAUUUGCGUUAUCAGUUCAAUUGGUGAUUUCUGAGUCAUUGGCAAUAUUGAUAGCUGAAAGCAGUGGUGGUAUGCGUUACAACCUUUAAGUUCUGUUAUUAUUUUGGUUUUUGAAAUAAAAGAAGAAAAAUCCAGUGUUUGGGGACAUUGUCCCGGAAAAAUUCGCAAACCACAAAAGCCGGCCCCAAAAUAGCCGGCUUAUCCAAAAUUCUAAGGGUUUUCCCACCAGGGGAAAACAAAGCUGCAUCCCACUAAUAGGAUUCAUAAUUAGUGCCAAAGGAAGCGGAAAGCCACAAGUCCAGUAUUUCGGCGUAAAAAGAGCUCGCAGACAGAAAACGAGAGUUCCAGACCGGAAAAAACAGCAGCAGCAAACCCAAAAUCGAAAGAACCCUAAUCUGUCGGCGGGGAGAGAGCCAAAAUAACAUUUGUCGUCGUUGGACCACCCACCUCCCACUUUUCUGGCGAAUCCUGGAAAAAGAGCUGUGCAGGGCGAGUGUAUGUGCACUUGUACGUGGCUAGCAGUGGAGAGCACCGCGGACAGCGAGAAGGAUUAAUUUCCAUAAAUCUAAUAUGAUUAGAUAUCGAAUCAACCGUCGAAGGACCUUUCUGGAUUAGAGUGACCCUACCCAGUCUCUCGCCAGGCAGUCCAAAUGAAUAAAGGUGACGACUAAUUGUAACAUAAUGGAAUACAAGCACACCUUGGAGGAGUUUGUCGCCGUCGUCCCACCAAGCAGCCCAGCGAGAAGCCCGCGCCGUCACCUGAGCACCGUUCCACGACCUGGAAGUAGCAGAAGCAACCUGCAGCUGUACGGAAGAUGAGCAGCUGAGAGCGAGACUUUGUUGUAAUCACAGUCUGCACUGGAAGAAAAGGAACAAAGGCAGAAGAAAACGCGAAAGAUCUUCUACGCGAGAUUAUAAAAGACUGUAACACCACACCGUAGAGGACAUCAAAAUCGAAAAACAAAUCCCUCACACCAUGACACCCCUCGCCAUGUACGCGUGCCUGCUGGCCGUGCUGUCCCUCCUAGCAGCUCCCUCCAGCCAGGCCCUGCUCGCCAACUGCCCGCUCGGUUGCUCCUGCGACGACGACACGCUGGAGGUGAUCUGCGGCGAGGGUGGCCUGGACGUGCUGCCGAUCGUGCUGAACCCGUCGCUGCAGCGGCUAGUCAUCAAGAACAACAAGAUCAAGACGAUCGACUCGUCGAUGCAGUUCUACGCCGAGUUGCGGUUCUUGGACUUGAGUUACAAUCAUCUGUUUAACAUGCCUCCGCGGACGUUCGCGUAUCAGAAGAAGCUGACGGAGUUGCAUUUGAAUCAUAACAAGGUCGGGUCGAUCUCGAACAAGACGUUUUUGGGGUUGGACUCGUUGACGAUUCUGAAUUUGAGGGGGAACUUUUUGGACGAGUUGUCGGAUGGGGUUUUUGGAGGGUUGAAAAAGUUGGAGGAGCUGAACUUGGGACAGAAUCGGAUUGGGAAGAUUGAUGGAAAGGCGUUUGAGGGGUUGGUGAACUUGAAGGUGUUGUAUCUGGAUGAUAACACGCUGAGUGCGGUUCCGUCGGCGGCGUUUGGAACGUUGACGAGUUUGGCGGAGCUGUACUUGGGGAUCAACUCGUUCAGUGGGGUGCCGAAGGAUGCUUUUUUGAGUUUGAGCAAGCUGAGCCGGUUGGAUUUGAAGGGAGCGGCGCUGUCCAAUGUGACGGGGGAGAGUUUCAAUGGGUUGGAGGGGCUGCGGACGCUGGAUUUGUCGGACAAUCGGUUGAGCCGGAUACCGACGGCGGAGCUGGUCGGGAUGAACCGGUUGGAGGAGCUGGCGCUGGGGCAGAACGACUUUGACAGUAUUCCGACGGGGGCGUUUGCCGGGAUGGGGAACUUGAGGAAGAUUGACAUAUCUGGGAGUUUGAAGCUGGCGAGGAUUGAGAGUGGCGCGUUUUCGGCGAAUGCCAACUUGGAGGAGAUUGUGAUAGCGUCGAACAAGGCGCUGGCGGAGAUUCAGGAGGGAGCGCUGAGUGGGUUGCCUCACUUGAGGAAGCUGGUGCUGAAGGACAACGCGUUGACGACACUGUCUGAUGGAUUGUUCUCGUGGAACGAGCUGGUGGAGUUGGAUCUAUCGGAGAACCCGAUCAUCUGCGAUUGUCGGAUACUGUGGUUGAGGACGAUUCUUGUUGCGAAGAGUAACAGCAGCCAGCAGCAGAUUCCGGUUAUAUGCGCUUCACCGGAUCGGUUGCGGGAGCAGGCCUUGCAGGCACUGUCUCCGGAGCUGCUUGGGUGCUCCCACGCUGACCCCCGCCAACAGGCGAUCAUCUGUGCUCUUCUGGUGGCCGCAGCGGCCAUCAUUACGACGCUAGCCCUGGUGAUCUACAAGUGCCGCCGGCGGAUACGAGAGGUGGUCAAGGGCGGCUGGGGCAACAGUGCCAUCGGCCGGAAGGAACGCGAAUACCAGAAGACCUUCUCCGAGGAGGACUACAUGGGACGCCAUCCGGGUCACCACCCGUGCGGUCCCAACGGCCUCGGGGUGCACACGACCACCCUGAACAACUACCAGAUCAACAACCACCACCACCACUCGCACGGCAUCCGGCACAUCCCGCUCAACCAGGAACACCUGACCCAGCCCGGGAUGAAGCUGUUCCCGAACUACACCCCACCGAUUCCACCCCACAACGACUCGUCCCCCGCCGCCAACCAUCACUACCACCAGAUCACCUACCAGCAGCACACCCAAACCCUGGCCCCGCUCCGCCUAAACCAGGACCACUUUAGCAACAAAACCAACACCCUCGGCGGCGCAGCCGCCCCCAACGGCCGUCCCAAGUACCAAACCCAUCACCAUCACCACAUCCAAAGCCACCACCCGGCGGCAGAGUUCCAGCAUCCCGACUCGGACCCGGACCAGCACCCGGAAGAGGAGGAGGAGGAGGUGCUCGGGGACGACCACGAGGAGGACAGCGGCAGUGGUGCGAGCGUUCCGACGGUGUCCCCGACGCCACCCGAGCUCCCCAUUCGGAACGGGUUGACCUCCGAGGCGGCGGCUUACGCUGUAAAUACACUUAAUCACAUCAACAACAAUACGCUGGGGGGAACCGGGGUGACCGGGACUGUUGGGACUGUGGGUGCUGGCCGGAAGACGAUGCGGCACUACCAUUGAUGUGAUGGCGCGACAGUGAGUAGUGAUUAAGGAAGUUUGUUAGUUUUUGUACAGAAAUAAAGCCUAUUCAACGUGAUUGUGAUUAAAUUUUGAGCAUUUUUUCGUGUAGGCAAAGUGGAGUUUGAGGCGUCUUUCCCCGAAGAAUCGAACAAGACGACGAACGCCCGUUCAAAUAUUGUUUCAAGCAAUUUAAAUCAAUUAGCUUCCGCGGAACAUAAAGAGAGACGGCGAAGUUGUUUGAGUUUCCAAUUUGUCCUGGCGAUGUUGGCGUGAGCCAAGGGCUGUUAUUCCCCGUUUCCGGGAAGUGUUUUGAUAUAUUGAUUAAUGCGAUGGAAUUAGCGCGCACAGGAGGCCGAACCGGAAGGUCGCGAAGGGGAAGGUGGGAUUAGCCCUUCCGGUUUGCUUUGACAUCGGCUGUGUUGAUUUAUGUCGAAGGGUGGAAGAUGAGGAUUGUUGAGGAUGACAGCUUAGUAUGCCUUUAACUUGUUAAAGUUGUGUCCUUAUUGAGGUUGAAUGCUUCAAUGAACCUUUUAAACUUGAAUUUAAUUCAUGUUGUUUUUGAAUAUUUGAACACAAUGUACCAAGUUCGAUAAAUUUACAAAAAAUCUAAAAUUCAUUUCAAUCUACCGUUAUUUGUGUAUUUUGCUUGACGAAAUUUACAUCUCGUUGCUGUCGUGUUACUCCUAUUACGUGCAUUUUGGGCCAAAUUUAGUUAAAAACGCCAUUUUGUGUAGCUCACAUUGCCUCACCUUUGACUUCCACAGAUCUCCAAAAUUCGAUUUCAAUAAAAACCGAAAAAACUCCAUGCAUUUUUUGACGCUUUCCAUAUGACAGAAGUUUCGAUCUUGUCGUGGUAUCUUGACACACCCUGAACAUUGAUGUAAGUGCGACAAAGGGCAAAAGGAUUCAGGUCCGAACGCGUUUGACACAAGUACGAGCUCGAUCGUAAACAUUUGUAAUUAUAGCUCGGGACAUUGGGGACCUAAUUCAAGCAAACUUUGGGACACUGCUUAUUCAAGGUCAAACAUUAAAACGCGUUUUUUUUUCGGAACGUCAAAAAGUGACGUACGAAAAGUUAGCAUGACAGCGGCCAUUUGUAGUUAGUCUACACGUAAAAAAAUUACUUCUCAAUUCAUGAAAUUUAUAACCACGAACGAAGAGUUGAAAUUUCAAGGUACGUUAUUGAAAAACGUACACUAAAACCCCGAUGGUUUGACACCAACGUUGUCAAAUGAAUGGGUUCACUUUUUAGUUUGACACUCACUUUACACAGAGCUCACACUUACUAACAAACGUUUUGUUUGAUAGUACGUGUGAGUCCCGUGUAAAAAGUGACACUUUGUCAGUUCGUCACUUUUUAGUUUGACUUUUUUUUAUGAUUAUGUUUAAAAACUUGUGGAUAGAGGCAAAGUUCAAAAAUGAGACUGAAAUGUUGAAAUUGAAUUUCACAAAUUGAAACGAAUAAAUUCAUGCAAAAUAAAAUCACAUUCAUCAAAAUACGAACUUGCUAUCAUUUUUUAAUUAAAUUUUAUUUUAACACAAAAGUAACACAAAAUACCAAAUUGAAAAAAAACACAAAUUGCCGUAAAAGUGUAAAACGACUUAAAAUUUAGAAUAGAUUUUCUAAAUUCUCCGAUUUUUUUGCACAAAAUUCAUAAAUUUGCACAACAUUCUCAAAAGAAAACACUUUUUUUUAAAUAUUUUUUUUGCAUACCUGAGAAGUUUUUAAUAUUUUUAUGCCGUUCAUUAUUUUGUGAAAAUUCAUCCAAAAUUUAAAAAAAAAAUCACCGUCCCGUGUUUGACAACCAUUUGGCAAAUAAUGUUACAUACAAAUUUUGAGAAACAUGUGGUAAUUUGAAAAUAGUAGUUUAUGCAACAAGUUGCAAAAAGAGGAUUUUUUCAGCACGAGUCGUACAUUUAUCCAACGAGGUUCACCGAGUUGGAUAAAUACGAAGAGUGCUGAAAAAAUCAAGUUUUGCAACGAGUUCCAUACAACAUUUUUUGCAAUUCCAAAAAACACACACUGAGUGAAAUUUUAUGUCAAAUUUUCAUGUAUUUUGUCAAUAAAUCGUUUAAAUCAAAAAAAUGUUGAAAAGUGUUACUUUUCGAAACAAGUGCUGAAAAGUUCAACUUUUCUGCACCAAUUUGAGUGCUGAAAAGUAGAACUUUUCAGCAUUUAUUUUGAAAAGUGUUGCUUUUCGAUUCUGUUAUUUUUGGUACAGAAAAGUAAGCUAUUUCGUCGUUCAAGAAUGACAGGAAAAGUUAGUAGUUUCACGACGGAAUUGCAAAAAAAAAAAAUACUUUUUAUUGGUUUCUCGUUAGAGUUUUAGAAAUGUAGAAAUUAUUUAGAAAUUAUUUUAUCGAUUUAAAUCUUCAUGUUGGAAAAAUAAUUUUUUCGUUGAUUUGAUUUUGAGUAAAUUAAAUAAGUUUUUUAAAUCCUGGUGUCGCAAUUUCUUUACAAAAUUUUACUUUGUUUGGCAUUUAUUGUGAAAGAAUAAAAAUAAGAGUGUUCAUUACUUGAUUCUAUUGCUGUGCAAAAUAGGAAUCGUUUCUGACUGAAUAUUUAGAUUGAAAAUAUAAACAUAAAUAAAGAAAGCUUUUUAAUUAUUUUGUGAAAGUUAUUUUUUUGUGAAAAAGUUUAGCCACUAGGUUUUUUUUUUGUUUUGAAUUUUUCUAAAAAAGUGUUUAAAUAAGAGAUUCUGUAAAUACUAGAAAAAAAUCAAAACAUCAUGGAUUUCAUAUUUCAAUAAUGAAAAUGUUGUUAAAUGAAUAAAAAAAAAUAUUUAAAAAAAAAGCGAUAAGUUUGAAAAUUAAAAAAAAAUCAUUACGUUUUGAUGAAAAAAACAAAUUCUUUUGUGGUAUUAAACAAUGAUAUUUAUCAAAAAAACAUUGUUCAACUGGUUAAAUUGUGAAAUGCAUUUUAAAUUGUAUUCUCUCAUUUUGCAAAUUUCGAUGUUUAAAAACCCCUGAUUUUCCAAGAAGGGAGUGCCAUAAACUUUGAAAAUCAUUUGAAACUGCCUAGUUAAUCCUGUACUGCCCAAUUUUUUUUUUCGAAGAUAUUUAUUUUUCCUGUGUUUAGGAGGUAAUUUUGAGCAAUUUUUGUUCUACGGAAAACUUUACUUCUCUUGUUUUAUGUUUUUCUUGUUUUAUUUUUAGUAUUUUAAUUUGCAUUUAGCUUCUUUAGUUUAUGUUUGUUUUUAGGAGUAUUUGGCCUAUUCUACCACCUAAUAUAAAAACAUUUUGCCUAUCUAAUUUUUAGAAUGGCACCAUCAUCAUUUAAAUGUCAAAACAAUGCGUAGAGGGACAGUACAAAAAUUACUGCAUACUUA